CUUCCAUGUUUAUUGCCUGCCAACUCCUGUGCAACUUUACAACGAUAUAUCCUCGAGCGUAUUUGAGCCCUUUCGUCGAAUUACACACGUAAACGAAACCAGUUAAUUCAUUUUCUACUAGCAAUUCUUUCAAUAUGUCGUGGGCGGGGUUUAAGAAGAAUGUCAAUCGCGCGACGACGCAGGUGAUGAUGAAGACAGGCCAUGUGGAAAAGACGAAUGACCGUGAUUACGAAGUCGAAGAGAGACGAUUCAAGACUAUGGAAGCUGCUGCUUUGCGACUACAAAAGGAAUCAAAGGGAUAUCUCGACUCCCUGAGAGCCAUGACCGCAUCACAAAUGCGAAUCGCCGAGACGAUAGAUGCGUUCUACGGCGACUCAGGCGCGAAAGACGGUGUCAGCAGAAGUUACAAGCAGGCCGUCGAAGAUCUAGACGCCGAAACCAUUAAAGCCCUCGAUGGCCCCUACCGAACAACCGUUCUCGACCCCAUCACACGGUUCUGCGCCUACUUCCCCGACGUCAACGAGGCGAUUAAGAAGCGCGCUCACAAACUGCUUGACUACGAUGCCCUCCGCGCAAAGGUGAAGCGCCUCGCCGAGAAGCCCGACAAGGACGCCACGAAGCUGCCCCGAACCGAAAAGGAGAUGGAGAUGGCCAAGGCUGCUUACGAGCAGCUGAACGAGCAACUCAGCACCGAGUUACCCCAACUUAUCGAUCUCCGAGUGCCGUACCUUGACCCCACUUUCGAAGCUCUCGUCAAGAUUCAGCUGCGUUUCUGUGCAGAGGCGUAUUCGCGCAUGGCACAAGUACAGCAGUACCUGGAUGCUGACACUAGAGAUCAGUAUGCCGAGGGACAACUAGACGCCAGAGUGGAGCAGGUGUUGCAAGAGAUUCGGGAGUUGAGCAUUAGUGGCACGGUCUAGGCUUUGGGUUGGCUUCUACGACUUAUCCGGUUGGGGGAACGGCGUAUAGGUGCUUUCUGCUUGUAGAUACUUGCCAACGUCAUGAAUAUCAUGCACAAAUAGACAUAGUCCAUUGCGGGCUUAUGGAAACGCA